AUGAAUGUUGUGCGCCGUUCAUGCUACCGUUGGUGCCGUGAGACUCAUGCCUUCGUCGUCGUCGCACCACCGUCGCCGCGUGCUCGCCGUCGCCAGAUCAAGAAGAAGCUGGCGAAGAAGAUGAGGCAGAACAGGCCCAUCCCUCACUGGAUUCGCAUGCGAACUGACAACACCAUCAAGUACAACACGAAGCACAGGCACUGGCGCCGAACCAAGCUACGGUUCUGAGGUGUUUUCAUGGGAGGAGGUGCUUUUGCUUCGGGUUAGAGCUUUUUAGUUGUUGUGAAAGAGAGCUCUCGAUGCUUUUCUGAUUAUUGCUUUUAAGCGAAUUGAAGACUUUUAAGGAAGCAAAUAGCUGCUUAGAU